AUGGACAUUGAUUCCAAAAUUAAGGCCUACCGCUUCGUCGGUUAUGCCGCCGUUUGCUUCUCCGCUGUUGCCGUGCUUUCGGUAUGUGUCACCCUUCCAAUGGUGUACAACUAUGUGCAGCACGUGCGCACCCAGAUGCACCAAGAAUUGCACCAAUGCAAGGGGUCCGCCAAGGACAUUUGGAAUUCGGUGUACUCGAUCCGCGAGCUUCCAUUGAGCGCCAACCGUACCGCUAGAUCCACUUACAACGAGCAGUGCGCUGGAUGCUGCUUGCCAGGACCACAGGGUCCACAAGGAACCCCAGGAAAGCCUGGAAAGCCAGGAAAGCCAGGAGCUCCAGGACAGCCAGGAACGCCAGGACGUCCACCACAGCAGCCAUGCGAGCCAAUCACCCCACCACCAUGCCAGCCUUGCCCACAGGGACCACCUGGACCACCAGGACCACCAGGAAUCCCAGGAGACAACGGACCAGCCGGUGAGCCAGGACCGAAAGGACCAGACGCCGCCCCAGGAGAGCCAGGACCAAAGGGACCACCAGGACCACCAGGACCACCAGGACAAGCCGGAGCCCCAGGAGAGCCAGGAGCGCCAGCCAAAUCGGAACCAGUCGUUCCAGGACCACCAGGACCAUCAGGAACUCCAGGAGAGCAAGGACCACCAGGACCACCAGGAUCCAACGGAAUCGACGGAGCUCCAGGAGCUCCAGGACCAAAGGGACCACCAGGAACUCCAGGAGAGCCAGGAAAGGACGGAGAGCCAGGAAAGCCAGGAACCCCUGGAAACGAUGGAACCCCAGGAGAGAAGGGAAUCUGUCCAAGAUACUGCGCUCUCGACGGAGGAAUCUUCUUCGAGGAUGGAACUCGCCGCUAA